GCUUGGUUAGUUGUUUGUGGUGUUAUUAUUCCGAUUUCUACGCCUUCUUUAUAAAGUUGAAAUAAAUAUACACAUUCAAAAUGAUUCGAACAAAUCGGUGGAAAGGAGGAACUGACGAAGAAUAUGCAACCCAACACUUUGGAUUCGGAGCGCAGCGCCUUAAAAUAGCUGUUCGACAAAUGGUUGAAGAAAAAAUAAGGAGUGGUGUGUGCGAUAUGGAGACAUUACUUCUAAACUCCCUUCACCUCAAUGAAAGUGAUAAAGAAGCAAUCCGUAGCUUGUGUCAAAGAAUAUUACGGCUGUACUGUGAACGAGCAGAGCCUUCCUUGAAAGUGGUGGACAGUGAAAUCGAGAGAAUAUUGACUGUGCCUUCAAAUGUGUUGUUACCUGCUGAUGAAGUUCAUGAGGAAGAAAAAUCAGAUACUGAAUACGAUAAGUUAAAACAAGAAGUUACAGCUUUGAGAAACAGAGUAGAGCGUGCAGCAUUGAUGGAGGCUUUACUCACUGCGGAGGAGAAUGACAUAUCUGCUUUGGAAAAGGUUUAUGAAACUGCUAAACAGAACAUGGAAAUCCAGGAUAUGAUAAAUAAGAACUUAGAUAAAAAUGACUUGAAAACAAUUCAAAGUAGUGCACAAUUGUUAUGUGCACAGAGUUCAUUAAAGGACGACGGGUUUUUAGAUGAAUCAUCAUGAACAUAAUAACUUUGUACAUAUGUAAUUGUGUUAUAUAAUAUAUUUUAGUGGUACUGUUCUUAGGUAAUUUUUUACACAAUUGUAUUAUGUUAUAAUUUUGAUGGUUAUUUGGGUGAAUUUGUAAAUAGUAUUUUUUAGAAAUGUUAAUGAUCAAGGUAACACUCAUACCUUACAGGAAACUAAGUGUUUUAUUUAGUUUCAUGAUAACAUAUUUGUUAUGAUUGGUGUAUUUUUGUAAUUUAACCAUGUCUGAUUUGCCAUAUUUUAUCAUUAUGUAGUUUUCUUAUAAAUGGGCUUAAAACCAAGGGUGAACAGGCAUUUUCUGGGCGAGCUCACUCCAUCAUAGGCCACGUCUUUGCCUUUGACUAGUCUGUGGAUAAGUGUAAGCCCAUUUAUAAUUGAAAAAAAAAAUUCCUCACUUUUUUAAAGACAAGGUGGAAAAGGCUCUGGGUUCACCACAGAUGUUAGGUUCUAAGAGCUUCAUUAUAUACAUAAUAAGAUUAAAUCUA